GCUGACGGAGGAGGCGGAGAAGCAGGAGGUGACAGAGAGUUUGAACAACACACCGAGGAGGAGAUGGACCGUGAGCGCAGGCGCAAACUGCUGGAGAUCACCUGGAAACCUGACCGGCAGCCGCACCGGACAGACAUUCGACAGGAGGAGGAGAAGCUCUGCAGCCAGGAGAGGAGUUGCAGUCUGGAUCAGGAAGCACGAGAGCUGCCACAGAUCAAACAGGAAGACGAGGAACUCUGCACCAAUCAGGAGGCAGAGACUGAACAGAUGAAAGAGGAAGAGGAGGAGCUUUCCAUCAAUCGGGGGGAAGAGCAGCUCGUACUGGAAUCUCACCAUAACGCUGACAGCAGCUUGAAGUCCGUGCAGCGCAGCGUUUAUGCAAAAGUGUUUAAGACAGUGUCGCAGACGAAGGAUGAGCACACGAAUAAAAAACCUCACACCUGCGAAACGUGCGGAAAGACUUUUAGCAGUAACUUCCACCUGGUGACUCACAUACGCACCCACACAGGUGAGAAGCCCUUUGCUUGUAAGACCUGUGGAAAACGUUUCAGUCGCAAGUUCGACGUGAAAGCUCACGCAAGAACCCACACGGGCGAAAAGCCGUACACGUGCGAGCUGUGCGGUCAGAGUUUUAGAAGAAACUAUCGGCUGACAGUCCACAUGAGAAGACACACGGGCGAGAAGCCUUUUGCGUGCGAAUUUUGCCGCAAAAGUUUCAGCUGUAAUUCUAAUCUGAAAAUCCACCUGAGAAUCCACACAGGUGAGAAGCCUCACGUUUGUGAAACCUGCGGGAAAAGCUUCAAUCGCAGCGGUCAGCUGAAGAUCCACCUGAGAAACCACACAGGGGAGAAACCGUACUCCUGCAAGCUGUGUGGAAAAUGUUUCAGCAGCAGCUCGUCACUGAUAGGCCACAUGAGAACCCACACAGGUGAGAAGCCUCACUGCUGCAACACCUGCGGGAAACGUUUCUGGCAAGCAGUGUCUCUGAAAAUCCACACAAGGAGCCACACGGGCGAGAAACCGUAUUCCUGCCAAACGUGUGGUAAAGGGUUCAGCAGCUGUGACUCGCUGACCGUCCACACCAGAACCCACACAGGUGAAAAACCUUACUCCUGCAACACCUGUGGAAAGAGAUUUAGGCAGUCUUCGGGACUGAAGAGUCACAUGAGAACUCACAAAGGUGAAAGGUCGUACUCGUGCGAGACGUGCGGGAAAAGCUUCACUAAGAGCGUCAGCCUGCUCCUGCACAGGCGGACCCACAGAGACAAGAAGUCUUACACCUGCAGCACCUGUGAGGAAAGGUUCAUCUGCCCUUUAGAGCUGGACAAUCACAUGAGAACUCACACAGGUAAAAAGCUUUAUUUCUGCGAGACGUGCGGGAAAUGUUUCACUCACAGCUCCACUUUGGCCGACCACAUCAGAACGCACACAGGUGAGAAGCCGUACGCCUGUGAAACCUGCACCAGGCGCUUCAGUAGUCGCGCUUACCUGAAAGUCCACAUGAGAACGCACACAGGCGAGAAACCGUUUUCCUGCAAAAUGUGCGGAAAAGGUUUCAGAAGCUGUACUCACCUGAUAGCCCACGUGAGAAUCCACACAGGUGAGAAACCUUACACCUGUAAAGUGUGUGGGAAACGAUUUAGCCGCUCGUCGGGACUGAAGAACCACAUGAUGACUCACACAGGUGAAAGCGCCUUUUCUUGUGAAAGGUGUGGAAAAAAUUUCUCUAGCUGUCCUCCUCUGAUAGUCCACAUGAGAACCCACACAGGUGAGAAGCCUUACUCCUGCGACACCUGUGGAAAAGAGUUCAGUAGCACCUCUCAUCUAAAAAAACACAUGAUUGUUCACACAGGUGAGAAGCCGUACGCCUGUGAACUCUGUGGUAAAAGCUUCACUAGCAGCUCCUACCUGAAAGUCCACAUGCGGAGCCACACAGGUGAGAAACCGUAUUCCUGCAAAAUGUGCGGGAAAGGUUUCAGCAGUAAGCCGCCGCUAAUAGUCCACAUGAGAACCCACACAGGUGAGAAACCUUACACCUGCAGUAGCUGCGGGGAAAGAUUUACGUAUGCGACGGUGUGGAAAAAUCACAUGAGAGCUCACGACUCUCACACAGCAUCAUCUUAGGAGAGGAGCAGCUGAGGAAACAUUUGAGGUUAGCAAACAGGAAGAAUCGGCGCGGUUUCAACCACGAGGAAUUGAGUUCAAUCUGAAAGUGAGUCACUGACUGGUCCUUUCAGAUUAAAGGACCAAACUUGUAGAUCAUGUAAGCUGGAGGUCGUGUUGGUGAACCUUAUUCUUUGACCGCAGGCUGUAAAGGCUGAUUUAUGGGACUGAGUUUUGUUUUUAUUCUGGUGUUCGAUGUUUUCUUGAUAUGGUGGAUGAAACGCUUCAUCAUGGUUUCCAUAAGUGUUUUGUACAGUUUAGAGUCAAUGAUGUGAUUUAUGGGCUUUAUAUAUUAUAAAUGAAACAAAGAAUGCAGCAGAGUGAUGCAAAGCUUUCUAUUAAUAAAGACAUUAAUAAAAAUGAA